AUGGUCAAGCUGACAGGUCUCGCCGCUGGCGUUGCUGCUGCCGCUGCGCUGGGUACCUCUUUGUUCCUCCCUGGCGCUCAAGCCCUCCCUUCGGCCGCCUCUAGCACCGCCAACUUUGGUCUCGACCAGCUGCUGGCCGCGAGGUCUGCUGCCAACAACAACGGCAGCGACUUCCUCUCCACGCUCUCGGAAGGUCAACGCCAUGUCUUCACGACUUCGUUGUCAAUGCUUGACUCCAACUUCCAGCCUCCGUACAUCUUUGGAUCGUCCCGUUACACUGCCUACUAUGCCGUCUCUCUGCUUGCUCGCAACGGUCCUGGAGACGCUGCUCUCGCCAAGCAGCUCAUCCACGAUGCCAUCGCUGCCCAGUGGAAAAAUGUAUCCGACAUCUGGUACGGCGCCUUCCUCGACCCGAACCAGCCUCCUCCUGGCCCGCUCAAUGCUCCCAAGAUUUACGGCUCUUACGAUGCCAAUUCGAAUCUCUUCGUCGCCACUGCCUUCAUGCUUGCCAUCGAAGACUUCAGCCAUCUGAUGGAUGAAGGGACCAAGAACGCUGUCAUCGAAUCGGGCUAUCGAGCUGUCGUCGGCGACACGUAUCGCGUCUUUGGUGUCGAGGGUGACAACUUGACACCGGCGUACUCGAACCCCUGGCUGAUGCGUUGCAUGGCAAUGUCGUACUACGGUAACCUCAAACAGGAUGCAAACAUGACCACCUAUGCCGAGAGGUACGCUGGCGAAUUCUACUCGCUGUUCGACAUGUACGACACGCUGAGCGAAUUCAACUCGGCAACCUACACCGGUGUGUCUCUGUGGGCGCUGAGCCUGGCGGGAUACCUACCAUCUAACACGACCAUGGCACAGAGAGCUGGAGACACCAUCUCCAAGAUCUGGGCCAAGACCGCCGAGCUGUGGCAGCCGCAGCUCAACAGCCUUGGUGGCUCAUGGGAUCGAACAUACGGCUUUGGCUUGUCCGACUAUGUCAAUCUGCUCGGCUUCUAUGUGGCUGGCUUCAACAACGGCAAUGCAAAGAGCUGGCCCCAGCCUUGGAAGCUGUCUGGAUCUGCGCAUGUUUCAGACGCCGCUUUUGCUCCAUUGAUCGCCAUCACUAGCAAGUACCAUGAUCAAUAUGUCUCGCAGGAAUCUCGAGAGUACCUCAAGCCGUGCGUUGCUGGUAAGAAGGCGGGUCGUCUUGUCAAGUCGAAGGCUUGGUCGCCUCCCUUUGACGCCGACGUCAACGAGUAUGGUCCUCGAAACUACACCGCCUGGAUUGCCGACAAUGUCACUGUCGGCGGUACAGAGAUUGACGAAGCUGCCAUUGGCGGUCCGGCCAAGAACCCCACCGCCUUUACGCCAGCUGUCAUGAUGUGGUCUACGCCCAACGAGCACUCGCUCGACUACGCUCAGCCUAAAGCCUCUUGGCUGUCGCUCUACCCUACCACCGGGACCAUCUUGGCGACAGCUUCGUCUUCCAACCUCACCAUCAAAUUCCCACCCUCAAAGGCUUUCGCCGCCAACUACACUGCGCCGACGCAGAUGACGCUCCUGUUCGGCACUACGCCAUUGAGCAACCUGCCGAGCGACUUUUUGGUCUCUUCGAAUCAGACUGGCGGAAAGUUGCCUGGCAUGGAGCUCACCCUCAGUGGCAACGUAGCUUCCAGCGCCGUCUAUCGCUCGUUGACCUACGACAGCUCAAAGAACAUCAACGGAUACUACUACUACAACCUCACUUUUGCGCUUGGCGGUCUGCCGCAAAACACGGUCCCCGAGCUGGUCGUCUCGUACACGCUUAUGUGA